UCAACAUAUUUCCGGCCAUAUUUAGCCGGCAGCUGAACUUUUCGGCGGCCGGCGCUUGCGGCCAGGCGGCCAAGCUGAGCAUGGACGAGCUGCGUCCGAAUCUGGUUGGCGGACUGCUCGGGCUGCAGCAGGGCCUGCUCGAGGAUCAUGCCAGCAGUAUGCAGCAUACGGGCGGCGGCGGCGGCAACGGCAACGGCGGCGGCGGCGGUGUACCGCAGGACACAAAAUUCAUGUCAUUCCAGGAUAAUCGUCUGAUGGGCAUUGGCGGCGCACACGAGAAUCGGCUGCUCAGUUUGGCGACAUCCGUGCAGGAUACACGCUCACCGAUCACCACGCUGGACAAGUCCUCGUCCUCGUCGCUCAACCAUCAGCGCAAAUGCAGCAGCACGCCCGAGGAUUUCAGCGCAUUGUACUCGGGCCUGCCCACGCCCGGCAUGGACUCGUCCUCGCAUCAUCAUACGCCGGCCCAUACGCCGCCCUCGCGCCUCUCCGAUCACACCAUCUCAGCUGAAGGUGCAUUCAAGAAACUCAAGCCGGAACCCAACAGCGGCCUGUCAACGGUUUCCGCCGGCAUCACAUCGCCCGGAAGUGGACUCUCCUCGCUGAGUCAGCAUGCCGGGCAUACCCCAACCACAGCAUCCUGCCCAACGCCAGCCAGACGAAGACAUCGAACCACAUUCACACAGGAACAAUUAGCUGAACUGGAAGCUGCAUUCGCCAAAUCGCAUUACCCGGAUAUUUACUGUCGCGAGGAGCUGGCGCGCACGACAAAGCUAAACGAGGCCCGAAUACAAGUUUGGUUUCAGAAUCGACGCGCCAAAUACCGCAAGCAGGAGAAGCAGCUGCAAAAGGCAUUGGCACCAUCUGUGAUCCCGUCGUGCAACGGCAUGAUGCGGAACAUUCAAGGCUAUAGCGUGUCCCGCGGCUAUCAGCCGUAUCCACACCACAACACCAUGAACCGUUAUCCCCAGGAUCUGUUCCAAAUGGGCGCCUCCUCCUAUCCGGGCAUGACGCAGCCAUUUUCAAUGGCGCACAGCACGAAUAUGGGCUCCGUGGGCGUGCGUCAGGACUCGAUGGGCAUGUCGCCGGAGGACGAAUGGUAUAACAAAAGCCUAUCCGCAUUGCGCAUGAAUAGCUCGCAUCAUCCGAACUUAUCGGCGCCGAUGCUGCAAUAUCAAACAUAAUCAAAAACCUUUGACGACUUCUUUUAAAAGAUCACAAUCCCAAUUUUGGCCAUUGGAUUGCGAUCAUUUAAGAGCGAGUGCGUCAAAUGGGCAGCAACUAUACACAUAUAU